GGGGAGGGAGUGAAGGGUUCGAGCAGAUGGGAGGACGGAAAGAACGGGCUCAAGUGCGCGAUUAAAGGAUCCUGCGCGAAUAAACAAGAGCGGCAGCCCCGCCAUCAAUUUGGAGCGAGCCAGAGUGUCGACUCGGAGUCGUCAUGUUCUUUCUCCAAAGUCUCUCCGAUUGCCUGUGACUUGUGGCUGGAAGACUCGGCAGCCAGCGCGCCGCCUCCUCCUCCUCGGAAGCGCGCUCCCCGGAAGAGAGAAGUCACUGGGUCAAAGGCGGAGGAAGCCAGCCAGCCAGUCGAGAAUCGUAGUUCCUCCUGACGAUCGCCGCGGUUAAGGCGUUGGCACCCGGGCAGAGUCCCUCGCCAUGGCCGGGGCCAAACCGGGAGUCCACGCGCUGCAGCUCAAACCCGUGUCCGUCCAUGAGGCACUCAAGAAAGGGGGCAAAUUCAUCAAAUGGGACGAGGAGCCCAGCAGCGCGUCACCCACUCUAGUAACCCUGAAAGUCGACCCAGGUGGUUUCUUCCUCUACUGGACGGGAGCCGCCAACAUGGAAGUGGAGAUCCUGGACAUCAGUACCAUCAGGGACACCAGAACAGGAAAAUACGCCAAGCAACCAAAGGACCCUAAGCUUCGAGAUUUGCUCGGUUUCGGGAAAGGCGAAAACGUAGAGGGGAAGCUUGUCACCGUCGUCCAUGGCAACGACCUGGUCAACAUCUCCUUCCUCAACUUCCAGGCUAUGCAGGAAGACACAGCUAAGGUUUGGACUGAUGAGCUCUUCACUUUGGCCACAAACAUUCUCUCCCAGAAUGCAUCGCGGAGCACAUUUCUCUUCAAAGCGUACAUCAAGUUAAAGCUGCAGGUGAAUCAGGAAGGAAAGAUCCCAGUUAAGAAUUUCCACAAGAUGUUUUCAGACAAAAGGCGAGUGGAGACAGCUCUGGAGCAGUGCGGUCUUGUCAACAACAAGACGGACGGAUUGAAGCCAGAUGAUUUCACAUGGGAGGCCUUUCAGAAGUUUCUCAGCAGUCUGUGCCUGCAUUCCGAGAUUCAAAGCAUUUUUGUGGAAAGUGGCUCUAAGGGGAAGCCUUUCAACUCCUUGGACCAGCUGACGGAGUUUAUCAACCGCCGGCAGAGGGAUUCCCGCCUGAACGAGGUGCUGUACCCGCCACUCAAAAGAGAGCAGGUCCGACAGAUCAUGGAGAAAUACGAGACGAACAUCAGCCAGCUUGAGAGAGACCAGAUUAGCUUGCAGGCUUUCGAAAAGUAUCUAGAAGGGGAGGAAAACAGCAUCGUUCCUCCAGAGAGGCUGGACGUCAUCGACGACAUGACUCAACCGCUGUCGCACUACUUCAUCAAUUCCUCGCACAAUACGUAUCUCACAGUGGGUCAACUGACCGGUUUGUCCUCGGUGGAGAUGUACAGACAGGUGCUGCUCACCGGCUGCCGCUGUAUCGAACUGGACUGCUGGAAGGGUCGACCGCAGGACGAGGAGCCUUACAUCACCCAUGGUUUCACCAUGACUACUGAAAUCCCUUUCAAGGAGGUAAUCGAAGCCAUUGCUGAGAGCGCGUUCAAGACCUCGCCAUACCCGCUCAUCCUGUCCUUUGAAAAUCAUGUGGAUUCGGCCAAGCAGCAAGCCAAAAUGGCCGAGUAUUGCCGCACCAUAUUUGGGGAUGCCUUGCUCAUUGAUCCGCUGGAAAAGUAUCCACUGGUCCCAGGCCAGCCGCUACCCUCGCCGCAAGAGAUGAUGGGCAAGAUUCUCAUCAAAAACAAGAAGAAGCAUCAGCACAACCGGCCCUCGAGCGGUGGAAGUAUACGACGACGGGAGCAGGGGGAACAGUCUUCGCCCCACAACGACUGCCCUCUAUUGGAAGGCGAUGGAGUGCAGAUCCUGUCCAAUGCGGAGGAGAAGCUUGCAGAGAGGAUGGUGAAAGACUCUGAUCCUCGCAAGUCCAUCGGAGGGGAGGGGGAGAGCGAGUACGAAGACGAUGACGAACCGCCGACGGAGCCGAAAAGGCCAAAUUCAGAUGAGGGGACAGCGAGCAGCGAAGUUAACGCCACGGAAGAGAUGUCCACGCUUGUCAAUUACAUCGAACCGGUCAAAUUCAAGAGCUUUGAACAAGCUACCAAGAGGAAGAAAUUUUUUGAAAUGUCAUCAUUUGUGGAAACCAAAGGGAUGGAUACCUUAAAGAGCUCCCCCAUCGAGUUUGUUGAGUACAACAAGAACCAACUAAGCCGAAUCUAUCCGAAGGGAACGAGGGUGGACAGCUCCAACUACCUCCCACAGCUCUUCUGGAACGUUGGCUGCCAGAUGGUGGCGCUGAACUUCCAGACGCUUGAUCUGGCCAUGCAGCUAAACAUGGGCGUGUUUGAGUACAACGGCCAUAGCGGCUACCUGUUGAAGCCCGAGUUCAUGAGGAGAACAGACAAACAUUUUGACCCUUUCACAGAGAACAUAGUGGAUGGAAUCGUUGCCAACACAGUCAAAGUGAAGGUGAUCUCAGGCCAGUUCCUAAGCGAUAAAAAAGUUGGCGUAUAUGUGGAAGUGGACAUCUUCGGACUUCCUGCAGAUACAAAACGAAAAUACAGGACGAAAACCUCAAACGGGAACUCGCUGGAUCCUGUUUGGGAUGACGACACGUUCAUCUUUAAUAAGGUGGUCCUCCCAACGUUGGCCUCUUUGAGAAUCGCCGUUUUUGAAGAGAACGGCAAGUUCAUCGGGCAUCGCAUCCUCCCCGUAUCUGCCAUCAGACCAGGUUACCAUUACAUCAAUCUCAAGAACGAAUUGAACCAACCCCUUCUUCUGCCGUCUCUGCUGGUCUACACGGAGGCUCAGGACUACAUUCCUAAUGAACACCAAGAGUACGCCGAGGCCUUGACCAAUCCCAUUAAACAUGUCAGCCAGCUGGACAAAAGAGAGACACAACUGGCUGUUCUCCUUGAGGAGAACUACGAGCAUUUCCCCAACCAGCCCAGAGAUGGCGAGAUGAAGAGGGAGUGCGAGGUCACCCCGGGGGGCGUCGUGCCGCCCUUCCCAGUUCCUUGCCGACCAGAGGAUUGCCCCGACAUCCUCCAGCCAGCACAAUGCCAAAAGGAAGACCUCAUCGCUGUUGUUCUGGCAGACGUGCAGGCGCAGACCAUUGAGGAACUGAAGGAGCAGAAAAACUACUUGAAGCUCAUCAAGAAGCAGAGUAAAGAUCUCAAAGAGUUGCGAAAGAAACAUCUAAAGAAGGUGUGGAAUCUGAGUAAAGAGCAGAAGACUCGGAGUUCAAAGCUGGAGUGUGAUGUGCAAAGGCGGCGCAGUCAGAUGGAGAAGAACCUUAAACGCAGUGUCAAGAAGAAUGAACCUCAAGAGCCGGUGCGGCAAGAACUUACUGCCUUGGAUCAGGAGCAUGAAAAAAAGACUGUGCAGCUCCGGGAAUGGCAGAUGCAGGAACUACUUAAGCUCCGGCAGCAGCUCUACUCGCUGGAGAGGGAGAAGCAGCAAGCGUACCUGCAGGAGUCCUUCCAGAAGUUGAAGGAAACUGCGCACGAAUGCCAAGCGGCUCAGCUCAAGAAGCUCAGGGAGAUUAACGAGAGGGAGAAGAAAGAUCUUCAGAAAAUCCUGGACAGAAAGCGGCAGAAUAGCAUCAGUGAAGCAAAGAGUCGGGAUAAAGAAAAAGCUGAGAUAGAGCUGAAUGACAUCAAUAGGAAACACAUUCAAGACUCUGUCAGCCUAAUACGCAGGCUAGAGGAGGCUCAAAGCAGGAGGUUGGACAAGCUUAAGCUUAGGCAACGAGAGGUGCUACAACAUAUUGACGAGGAGUUGCCGAUGCUUCAGGCAAAGCUAGACAGUAGCUUGGAGGACGAGUUCCUCAAUCUCCCAGAGGAAAUCCGCCAGCAUCUGCAGAUGGAGCUCCAAAACAAAGGACUGCGCAAUAACGCCCUGUUCUCGCCCCAGUCCAACAACAGCAGCCCGGGCUCGGGUUCUGGCCCGCCUUCCAACUGCUCGACGCCCAGCGACCCAUCCACCCCCAAUCGAAGCACGUGGAACCGGAGCAUGGAGAAUAUAGCACCUUCGCUAAAUGACUCCACCUCCUCCUCAUCGACCGCCAUCUUCUCCGAGGUGGACUAUCUAUAAACACGUCGAAAUUUGGGCUGUAAUGAUUUUCAAAAUGCGGGUUAGUAAUCAUAAUAAUGAAAUACUAAUGAUAUUCCUUGUUUAUAGAGCUGUGUUAUUUUUUCAUUUUUCUAGUGUGACGAGAAAAACACAUUUCCUCACUCAUUAGCAUUUUUCUUGACAGCUAGCUUGCUAGCUGAAGUGGCAGUAGUGUUACAGCCUAGCAAUAUUUCCACUAUUCCACUCAACUUUCAUCUCUUCGGAAAUUCCUGACUAGCAAAACGCUUUUCCACACUUAUUAGCAUUUUUCUUGCUAGCUGUGAUAGCAGUAUUUGGUCAGCAGGCGGCGCUACAUGCUUACCAUUUUUUCCACUCAUUGAAUAGACACUACCAUUCUUGUUUUUACCAAGUUGUCUUGCACAAAUACUACGGUACUCUAAUUUAUCGAUGUUUAUUUUGUUUUAUCUGUAAAUUCUUCUGCCCAAAUCUUCUCUUGCGGAUCUCGUUGUAAAUGUUUUAUGUGAAUUUUACUACUGACUACAGGUGCUUGGAGUGCUUGGACACUCUAUAAGCACUGGCUGCCUGCCUGUCUGUCUGAAUGUUUCCCCUCACAAACGUGUUCUUUGUCAACUCUUAUUUUUAUUUAAAUGAAACUUUAACAACUUG